AGCUCUCUCCCUUCUACUGCUGCUACUCGACAUAAUGGACAGUGGGGGUUGAUUUCAAAAACUCAGUUGCCUCCAAGAUAUAAUGAUAAGCUUCCGCAAUGGGUUCGCGCCUGGAGAAGGGUUCCAACGCGGUGCGGAAACGCAUCGAGAGUCACACUUUCACUCAUGAAGAAGGCGAAGAAUACGAGGCGUCCGCGUUCGGCGGUUUUGGUGACUACUUUCGCAGGAAGAAGAUCAAGCUACAGAAUCUUGAUGUCGAGCUUCGAUCGCAAGCUGGAGACAAACCUCAAAUCUUCCGUGGUGUAGUUGCUCAUGUCAAUGGAUACACGCAGCCGUCUUUGAAUGAUAUACACAAGCUUAUAGUGCAGCACGGCGGUGGGUUUAUGCAGUACCUGGAUGGGAAGACGACAGUGACGCAUAUCAUCGCCAGCAGUCUGACGCCCAAAAAAGCGGUCGAAUUCAAACGAUAUCGUAUAGUUAAGCCAGCGUGGGUUGUAGAAAGUGUAAAAGCAGGGAGGUUACUGCCCUGGGACCAGUUUCGUGUUCUAGAUGAGGGUUCUGGGCAAAGAGUAAUUGGCUUCCAUGAUGGCAAGGUCGUUUCUGAGGUUAGCACACAGAAACGCGGUUACAAAGACCAGACAGACACGAGCUGGUACACAGAACAGCUGAAAUGGACACCGAAUAUUUCGGGUCGAAACACGUGUCGCGGUCAAGUGGAGCUGCCAGUCGGGUCAGAUAUUGUUGACGACAUCGACGAUACAGAUGAACUGCCGGCAUCAACUCAGCCUCCAUCACAUAUGGCUCCGGAAUUUGUUGGCGACAAUCCGCACAAUAAUUUACCUAUGAAGCCUCAGGAUAAUACAAAAUUUACGUCGCUCUCAUGUCAAAGUGCCCUCGACAACAUUGAGGACGAAUCCAAGCCAGAUCAUUUCGCUGAUGAAAUCCAGAAAACCGAAGCGCAAAAAACGUGUAGCCCUGGCAUUAGUGGUACAUCUGACUUAAAGCUGAAUCAGGAUUCAUUUUCCGAUGCUCAAAAAACCCACGAAACAAAACCAAACGAUGACCUCGAGCAGGAACUGAAUAACACGAAGGACGUGGAUGCCGAUAAGAUAAACGGGAAAAAGUGCGAGAGUAAUGGGCCAGAGAAAGACGAAGGCAACGCUGAUACCCCAGCCAAGCGUAUAAAGCUAACAGCUGAGGAGCAUAACCGGAUCUUGCUCUCUGACCCUCGUAUUUGGAAGUCUUCCGUUCUCAAUCCGGAAUUUCUGGAAAACUACUAUCGUGAAUCACGUUUACACCACUUGUCGACAUGGAAAGCCGAUCUUAAGUCACAGCUGCAAGCGAUGGCUGAAGAGAAGUCUCUAUCACGGAAAACUCGACAGAUGCGAGACCCACGAGCUAGACGCUACAUCAUGCAUGUCGACUUUGACAGUUUUUUUGCGGCCGUAUCGCUGAAAAAAUUCCCACAGUACAAGGAUAAGCCCGCUGUAGUGGCUCACAGCGGAGGAAGUGCCUCGGAAAUUGCGAGUUGCAAUUAUCCUGCGCGUAAGUUCGGCAUCACAAACGGCAUGUGGAUGCGCAAGGCUCAUGAACUAUGCCCUGACGUAAAGGUACUGCCUUACGACUUUCCAGCAUACGAAGAAGCAAGUCGAUCGUUUUAUGAAGUCAUCAUUGCUACUGGAGGGGUUGUUCAAAGUGUUAGCAUCGACGAAGCCCUGGUAGAUAUUUCCGCCCUCUGCUUCGCGGAAGCAGGUGGGAGUGGAAUCAGUAAAAAUGAAGAUACAAUCUGCCGAGAGCAACAAACUGCAGACAAGAUUGCAAAGAAGCUGCGAGACGAAGUAAAGGAGAGGACCGGCUGCGAUGUCUCCGUUGGCAUAGGUGGCAAUAUCCUGCUCGCAAAACUUGCCCUUAGAAAAGCGAAGCCAGCAGGCCAGUUUCAAAUUUUUCCAGAUCGUGCGCUGGAUUUCAUUGGGCCCUUGGAGGUGACUUCACUCCCCGGAGUAGCUUACAGCAUUGGUGGUAAGCUCGAAGCUAUGGGGAUCAAGAUCGUGGCAGACAUUCGCCAAUUCAGUAAGGAGAAGAUGAUGGCCAUUCUCGGUCCAAGGACGGGUGAGAGGCUUUGGGACUAUGCGCGCGGUGUUGAUCAAAAAGAGGUCGGCGAUGUUGAGGUUCGAAAGUCUGUCUCAGCGGAAGUCAAUUGGGGCGUACGUUUCUAUAAUCAGCAGCAGGUCGAUGAGUUUAUGCUGAAUAUAAGUGGCGAACUCUCGAGGCGACUCGUCAGGGAACGCGUCAAGGGCAAACAGCUGUCUCUUAAGGUCAUGAAGCGUGCGGCGGACGCUCCCUUGGAUCCACCGAAGCAUAUGGGCCACGGAUGGUGUGACACCUUCAAUAAAAGUGUCCUCCUCGGCGUUGCUACGAAUUCACGCGAUAUUCUUGCAAAAGAGUCACUCUCAAUGCUUAAGUCAUUUGCCUUCUCACCCGGAGAACUGCGUGGCAUAGGUGUGCAAAUGACGCGUCUGGAGCCUUUAAAAGCCUCAAUCGGUCAAGCUGAGAGCAGUCAAAAGAAACUACAGUUCAAAUUUGAGGAGCAAAGGAAACGAGCAGAGAACUCUGCUGACCCGGAGGAUGAUCCUAUUGAGGACGUUACGACCCCCCAAAAGCCAAAGGGAGCAGCGAAUAAAGUGAUGUUUGGUUCUCCUGAGCUUAAUAAAGACAGCACCAGUCGCAAGCCGUUGAAUACACGUGGCUCUCAAUUUAUCUUGCCCUCUCAAGUCGACCCAACUACACUGGCAGAGUUGCCGCAGGAUAUCAGGGAUAGGCUCGCUCAGCACACAAAGGCAGACAAGAAAUCUGCUAUUGCUGCUUCUUUUUCAAAGCAGAAUAUCACAUCACCACAUUCAACUCCUAAGAUUUUCACGGCACUUCCAGCCCAGUCGCAAAUUGAUUUAGAAAUGCUCAACGCUCUUCCCGAGGAUGUCAGGUCGGAGGUGCUAACCUUUUACAACAAAUCGUCUUAUGAAGCUAAAGUCAUCGAACGUGCGAACACACUCCUUUCGCCAAGCAGAAACCGCACGUCUCUCCGUAGCAACCGUUCGACGGCUUCUACUGUAAGGCGCAGAGGAAGACCCGGUAAAUUUGAUGCCCGGUCUAGCGCCAAUGUCACGACGUUGACACAAUCGAAUUUCAUCACCUCCAGAUCACGCCAAGGAUCUCCUGAGGCCACAACAACAGAUACCGACGGGGACGAGGCGAUGGCUCCAGAAGGCUCUGGCAUGGACCCAGAUUUUCUUGCUGCACUACCUGAGGAUAUUCGUCGCGAGGUUCUUGAUGAGCAACGCCGCAAACGACUCGCAGAAACAUCCGGUAUUCAAAUCGCCACCCGACGGAAGCUACCUUCUAAGCAAGUGGCCCAUGAGCCAAUCGAACAUCUUUUAAAGCUACCUCCACGCCCCCCCAAGCCUAGUUUCACGGGUAGAAAGCUAACAAUGCUGCCACAGCUUCGUGAAGCGAUCAGUGAAUGGGCAAGAGAAUUCCGCGAGGAGGGUCCUUACAAGGAAGAUGUGAACGCGUUGUGUACAUAUAUGCAUAGAGUGAUAACAGAAGAGGGGGACAUGAGUAAAGUUGUUGGGGCCGUUAAAUGGCUCUCCUGGGUUGUGCAAGAGGAGUUGGUAGAAGAGAGGGAUGCCUGUUCGAAAUGGGAGGCUGCUCUAAGGGACGUAAAAUCCUUCGUACAAAAGAGCGUGCAACAGCGAGGCUUGGGCAGGCUUCAUCUCUAGUGUAUGACAUCAUCAACAUCUUGGUAUGUGUUAAUCGUUCAAGACGUAUUGUCAGAUGUAUUUGCAAGUACCAUGCUUGUCUCUGCAUUGCGUUUGUGUCACAGGUUUCACAAACGAAGACAUGAGAUUGAUUUCCAGAAGGUUUAUGCGAUUAGGCCACAGGAACCUAGCACAUAAAGCAAAGCACUAUACAAUUCAUAAUCUCAAC